UCAACUGGAAGACUGCACACGUUUACAUUGCUUUGCUGGUAUUUGCUUGAUAGUUUGUGCAAAGGCAACAUGAAGAAAUAUUGCUUUAAUAUCUGUUUAUUUGUUUUAGAAGGCUUUGUUUUACUUAUAGCCAGUGGUAACAUAAAGUUUACAAAGUUUACAAAAAAUGCCGAUUUGGAAGGGUUUACAUGUCCUAGAAUGGAUAAGGAUUUUGAAGACGAUAAGUUGAAUAUAAUGCAGUGCCUGACAACGUGUGCUGAUAGCUCGUCGUGUUUUGGCGUGUUCCACCACGAAGCUAAUAUGGACUGUGUAGGGUGCAAUGACAAAUUUCUUACCAAUUCAUCCGCCCCAUCUCUGGAUGGAAUGAAGUUCUUUAAACGACGAACGUACAUGCUUGUUACUGACAAGAAAUCAUGGAACGAUGCAAGAUUACACUGUCAGACUUUAGGUGGACAUUUAGCAGACAUAAAAUCAGAAGAGGAAGAAAUAUAUAUAGAGGAUCAAGCGUUCGACAGUGACUAUACUAGUGACACUUGGAUAGGAGCAUCACGCAACACAAGUGGAGGAACAUUUUACUGGGAAGACGGUACACCCAUCUCUGACCAUUUCGUGAAAUGGGGACCAAGUCAACCGGACAUACCGGGCGAGAAGUGUGUAGGGGUGCGUCAGGAGGUCACAUGGGUCUGGCAUGAUUUUUAUUGUUAUCGUGUUUUCCGGAGCUUGUGUGAAUUUGACUAGUUUGAAGAAAGUCAAGUUCACAAAUGUGCGUUAACUCAAAAAAGUGUUUUUUACAGAUUGAUGCAGCCACACUAAGUUUGUUUUGAUCUUGUAUAUAUUCUAGUACCUGUUAGUUUGUGACAUUCACUGUACAUACUUUUUAUAGUGACACGAUCGAACAGGAAGGAAAAAAUGUAUUUUAUAUUGUGAUUCAUGUAAAACCAUAACAUUUCGGUUGAAAUAAUUAUAGCGCAAAUAUUCCAUCAAGCGUAUAAUAUAAUUUUUAUUGUCAGAGCACAUGUACAUUGAUUAUAAUGUAAUUAGUUAUACUUCAUAUGAUCUGGGUGGAUCCAGUGUCUUGUAAAGUCCGGGUUAUGUAAAAUAUACUCAGAUCAAAUACAAGUUCCGGAUUAAGACACGCUUUUAAUUUUCUCUACUUUUGUCUCCUCAAUAAUAAGAUGAACGAUAUCUGGAAAGGAAUUGAUAAAAGUAUUGUUUUACUUUCUUUCAAGUCCAGUCUAAAUUUCUUUGUCACGAAAUGUUUGUAAAUGUUGUGUAUGUACAAUUUAUUGAUUAAAUUAAAUCAAACUAAACUGGCGUUAUA